AUGAGCGUGUUUCGAGGCCUCUCCCGUCGCCGCCGUCGCCGCCGCGUGACCACACCACGUGGGGUCCCUUCUGCUGGACCCGAGUGCCCCCCACCCCCGACCCCAGGCCAGGCAGGGGCCCCGCAUCGAGCCACAGCGCGCAUCGAGACACAGUGCGCAUCGAGACACAGCGCGCAUCGAGCCCGUCCAGCAUGCCUGUCGAGACAGAAAACCACACCGCGGCCAAAACCUUCCUGCAGCGGCACGCUCACCAUUGCAACCCACCACCCCGCGCUACCGCACGCCCUCUGGCGUUGUGACCCAGGGGGCCGCGCCACAGGGAGAUGGCGCGCCACAGCCUGUCCGGACGCGCACGCAGAGCCGCGCCCGGGACGCCCGCACGCCGCGACGUGUCAGCGCGCCGCGCGUUGCGAGCGCGUCACGACGGAGGCGGUGUCACAGCGCCCCCUGGGAGAUAGGAAACAGAUGAGAAAAAAAUCCAUUCAUUCUUGUCAAUCAACUGACAAAGAUGUGAUAAAAGAAACUCACACUGAGAAUUUAAUGACUAAUUUAUCAAAUGCUUAUGCUUCAGAUUUGUUGCCAUCCAAGGAGGGCAAAGAUUUAACAAAAUGUUUUCUGCUGCGAGUGGUAAAUAUUCUUCUGCACUACAUUGAGAAAACUUUCGAUGUUAAGAGUAAAAUAUUGGACUUUCAUCAUCCUCAUCAACUUCUUGAAGGUUUGGAUGGGUUUGACUUAGAACUGUCUGACCAUCCUGAAUCUCUGGAGCAGUUGCUUGUUGAUUGCACAGACACCUUAAAAUAUGGUGUUAAAACAGGACAUCCUCGCUAUUUUAACCAGCUCUCCAGUGGGCUAGAUGUGAUUGGACUCGCAGGGGAAUGGUUAACAGCCACUGCAAAUACCAACAUGUUUACCUAUGAAAUAGCUCCAGUAUUUACUGUCAUGGAAGCAGUUCUUCUUAAGAAAAUGUGUGAAAUUAUUGGCUGGAGAGAAGCAGAAGCAGAUGGAAUAUUUUCGCCUGGUGGGAGUAUAUCAAACCUCUAUGGUAUAUUAGUAGCUCGUUAUAAGCAAUUUCCAGAGAUAAAAGCAAAAGGCAUGACAGUCCUUCCACGAAUUGUAUUGUUUGUUUCUGAACAAGGUCAUUAUUCCAUAAAAAAAGCUGCAGCAACCCUUGGUAUUGGAACGGAUAAUGUAAUUGAAGUAAAAUGUGAUGAAAGGGGAAAGAUGAUUCCAGCUGAGUUAGAGAAAAAUAUAUUACAAGCUAAAAGAAAGGGCCGGACUCCUUUCUGUGUUGUGGCCACAGCUGGCAGCACCGUGUUCGGGGCCUUCGACCCGCUCCAUGACAUCGCAGAUAUUUGUGAGAUACACAAACUCUGGAUGCAUGUGGAUGCAGCUUGGGGAGGUGGAUUGCUGUUGUCCAGAAACCAUUCUUAUAAACUCAGUGGCAUUGAAAGGGCCGACUCCGUGACCUGGAAUCCCCAUAAACUCAUGGGUGUUCCCCUUCAGUGUUCUGCUAUCCUGACCCGGGAAAAA